AUGUCUUCAACGUAUCCAACAACUCCCACUCCUCCCCCUCCCCCUCAUCUUCGCCCUCCCUCUGAUGUUCCUCCUCAAGAAAAUGCAACUGCUGAGGCCUCCAGACCGUCAAGAGGUGCCAAGAGAGGUACCAUGAAGACCGUCAGGUUAUUAUUUGGCCGCCAAGUGCAAAAUGGCCAGCCAAACCCCGUCCUCGUUACAAUAGCCACCCGAGGCUACAACAUCCAGUCCCGCGUUUUGCAUAUUCCUGACUCGCUCGGCAUAUUCACACGCGGCGGAUCUCCUCGCCGAUCAGCGUACGAGGGUUACGUGUUUGUAUAUGCAUCCUUAUACCUUCUACUCGUGGCCCUCAUGUUCUCAUGUUGUAUAAUGGUUCUGGAAGACCUUGGAAUUCACUCUCCGUGGAUACCGAUAUCUUUUGUAAUCAUGUACAUCACGGUGGUGAUAUUUAUAUGGGGAAUAGUGCUUUACAGCCCCCGGCGCAUGCCUUUCUAUAAUUGGGGAGAUAGCCCGGAGGUGCUGAGGGUGUAA